GUCGCCACUGUCGCCCCCAUCAAUAAGUUGGGCUAUCACUCUUGUCAGAAAUAGUUGCUUAGUUAAUAAGCUUCUGCUAAGAUAUAACCUGGCUUUCAUUAAGAAAAACGGAGCAGUCAGAAACAGUUCUAGACAAAGAUGCAAAAGUUGGGAGAUUGCUUGAGGAAAGACGGUUUUAGUUCCAAAUGAAAAUGUUCCUGUUAAAAUAGAAAAUGCUGCCUAAGAUCAGGAUCAAGACCAUACAAACAAAUUUUACCAUUUGGUCAAACUGCAACGAGUCUUAAAAGAGCAAAUUUAUCUAAAGGAGUACGUGGCUUGGUAAGGAGAAGUGUGGCUUCAAGCACCAAGCAUGUUGAUGAAAGUAAAAUGGCACCAGUCCAAGUACCCAGGUCAAUUCAACCUGUUUCAUCAUCGUCAGAGAAAGCUCUAGACACCGCAGGCACUGUUCCUGAGCUCACUAAGCGUAAGUCUUCGUCAUGGAUGAUACAACUUACUCUACAGCGAGCAAAGCAUCCCUUUCCAAUAGUGUUGCAAAUGCCCAGCACACACCAAACGUCAAGCCUUUCAACCAGAAGUCGUUUAGCGAGUCGAAGACUGCUUCAAACGGUUCGGUUCAAAUCAAUCGUUCCGUCAGCUCUGUUCUCGGUGAUUCGAUCAUCAUCUUUAACUCUUCCUCGUUGGAGCGUCACUUCCAGCCUUCUAGGAAACGACAGCAGUAGUCGUUCAGUUUGGGAUGUCUCAAAGGAACCUUAUAAAAAGGAAAGGGUACAGCAGUUGUUGGAUAAGAGAGGCUGGAGCGUUGUCAGUUUUCGCCACUGGAGAAGUUUAGGUCACCAGAUGCAAGACUUAAAAGUGCCAGAGGAAAAAUCUGCCAGCGUCAAGAGCAUCCAGACCGGCCGAUCUGAUGUCCCCUCAACCGUCGAAGGAAGUGUGUGUGCUUCCCCUACACUACUCAAGGAUCAUUUUGAAAUUACUAGCGCAAGUCUUCGGUGAUGAACACCAAUUUUGAAAAAGAAGAUGAAGAUGAACAGUGCGUGUUGACACCACCACCUCAACCAGAUUUCGAAAACGACCAAGAAGAAGCAGCAGCCCUCCAGCCCAUUCGCCGCGCAAUUCAUCAGUUUUAAAAGUAUUUGACGAUCAAGAGAACCAAGAUUUGCCCGCUGCUUCGCCGAUUUUGAAAGAAAAUUCCGCGAUCGAAGAGGAGACGGACAACUUCCACACUCCAACGGAAAGCGAGAUUAAAUCCAAAUAAGCGAGAUUCAGUCUUGGAUCUGUUGCCAUUUUACUUUUAGCAACAUGCUUGGGCUUGUCUUUCUCUGACGAUGAUAAAACAGGUUGAAUUGACACAUUCGCACCACUAUUGGAAGGGGAUGUUUUUCUCUCUGGAGUAAAUUGUAUCAUCCAUUAAGACUUACGCUUAGUUAACUUAGGAAUAGUGCCUGCAGUGUCUAGAGCUUUCUGUGACGAUGAUGGAAACAGUUUGAAUUGACCUGGGUACUUGGAACUGGUGCCAUUUUACUUGAAGCCACACUUCUCCUUACCAAGCCACGUACUCCUUUAGCCAAGUUGGCUCUUUUAAGACUUGUUUUAGUUUGCACAAAAGGUAAAAUUCGUUGGUAUGGUCUUGAUCCAUUUGUUUUCACUUCAUAUUGUGCAUAUUGUGUAGCCUAUCCCUGCUGAAAUUUUUUUAUUUGUGUUGGGUAUUUUGUGUUUUACUGUACUUGUUGUAGCGUCAUUUGGCUUUAUAAAUUUAAUACGACUUAUUUUCACCGGCA